AUGGGGAGAAAUGAGUUGACUUCUAUUGAUGUUGCAGAGACUAGAAAAGAAAGGAAAGGAAAAGCACCACUUUUGGGAGCUCACACGGAGCACGCAAGUGGAGGAUAUAAGAGAGGCAUUGCCACUUACGGACCCACAUGGGGUCAUAUGGGCAACGCAUGGGAACCACUGAACAAACUCUUCCCUUCUUUACUCAGUUCUUUCGGUUCCAAGAAAGAUAUGAUGAUCUCCCAACUUUCUCGUAACUUUCCUUCUUCCUCCUUUAAUUACAUUGAUUAUGUCUUCAUAAAUAUGCCCUUCGUGAUUGUUACUUUGACAACUUCAGCAGUGGGUUCAUUUGUGUCCAUAGUAUAUUUGGUUCACAAUGGGAAUUUAGAUGUGAACUGGCUUGCAAUAUGUCAGUAG